AACACAACACAUUUGACUAACUGUUGUUUUUAUUUUUAAAAAAUUCAAUUUUUAAUAUUUUUAAAAUCGUUAAUUUGUUUUUUUUUUAUAGAAAAAAUGUCCUUAAAAGAUAUCGAUAAAUUCAUCUCACAAUUUGUUCAUAAAUGUACACAAGUAAUUGUACAAUCACGUUUAGGUAAUUCACAACGAACCAAAACUAAAUGUAAUCCAAAUGGUAAAGAUUGGUUUAAUUUGGAUAUUGUUGAUAUAAAAGAUGUUUAUGAAAAUGCACAAAAAUGUUUAAAACAUAUGUCAUGUGGUCAGCAAAUGUUUUUUGUACAAAAAGAAUGGAAAAUUUGUUGUGAAAUAUUGUUAAAAAAUGCUGAUAAUAUAUCGAUUACAUUGGAAUAUUGGAUAUUUUCCAAUCAUCCGUUGAUUAAUGAAAAAGAUUUUGAACAAAAACGUAUGGAUGAAUUUUCACAAAAAGUAUAUGAAAUAUUUAUACGAAUGAGUAAUAUGAUUAAAUCAUUGAUCGUAUUAACACGUUCAACGCCUGCAUAUCGUCUUAGUUCAAAAGGACAAAGUGCCGAUUCUUAUGUGAUUUGUUAUCGUAUUUAUCCAUUAAUGAAAGAUAAUGCAGAUUUUAUUCAUCGAUUAACCGAUCAAACUAGACAUUAUUCACCGUUGAAAACAAUCGGUGUCAUACGUAGUGAUGUAAAUGAAUUAUCAUUAUCAUUUAUUUAUCGAAUCGAUAUGAAUGUAACAAGUGAAUCGGAAAUUGAAAAUCUAACACAAUUAAAUGAAACGGCCAAAAAUAAUAAUGAUAAUAAUCAAUAUUUUGAUGAUGAAGAAGAAGAUAAUUAUAUUGUUAAUGCAAAUAAACAAUUAUCAACCGAAGAUGAUGAAAUACAAUUAUCAAUGAAAGAUGAUCAUUUUAAAAUUGAUCUAACAAAUGAACCACUCGAUAUGUUUGAUAUAAUCAAACCAUUAAAUCCAGCAUUUGCAUCAAAAGAUUUGAAUAAUUUUGAAACUGAUUAUACUGUUCCAUUCAGUUCUUUAUUAUCAAUGUCAAAAGAAAUUGAACCAAUGAAAAAUAUUGAUGAACCACAAACAACGACGACAACAACAACAACAACACCAAAAUCAUCACCAUCAUCAAAUCCGAUAAAAAUACCAUCAUCAAAAAUAAAAUCACAAUCAAUAAAAUCACCAACAUCACAGCAAAUUUAUUCAACAUCGAAUGAAAGUUUUGUAUUUGUUGAAUUGAAUGCACCGUUUGCAUCGGAAGAAAGUCUUUUACAAUCAUUUUUUAAUGGUCCAUCACCAACAUUUAUACAACAAUCAAAUGAUAGUGAUUCAAUGAAUGAUAUGGAUGAAUUAAGUAUACAAUUAGCCGAACUGGAAUCGGCUGCAACACAAAUCGAUAGUUUUGUUGAAUCAAUAUGUGUAACAAAUGAAAAUGAAGAUUUAAAACUUGAAACCAAAAGAAAAAGAAAAAGUUUAUUUAUUUAUCAAAAAAUGACAACGAUUGAAACGAAAAAAUUAUUAGAAUAUCGUUUGAAUGGAACGGAUAUGAUUUAUGAUUGUCAAUUUCAUUCGGAUCAUCAUGAUUGGAUUGGAUUCUCUACUAUUGAAGGUGAUAUUAAAAUAAUGAAAUUCACUGAUGAUAAUGAUGAUUCUUAUAAGCCAACAACCGUUUAUGAAUGGAAAAAAUAUCAUCGUGGUAAUCCUAUUCGUAAGAUACGUUUUCAUCAGAAUCGAAUGUUUUCAAUAUCGAAAUCGAUUAAAAUUACUGAUUUACAAACACAGAAAUUGAUUAGAAAAAUUUCUAAUGGAAAAAAGAAAAUCUAUUCACUGUUAGUUAUCGAUGAUUAUCUUGUUUGUAUUGGUGAUGAUGAUGGUAAUUUUAAAUGUUGGGAUUAUCGUAUUGAACGUCCAAUUCAUAUGUCAUUAAAUGAAUGUGAUAAUUAUAUAAGCGAUUUGGAUAUUGAUUCAAAUAGACAAUUUGUAUUUGCAACAUCGGGUGAAGGAACAUUAUCAGCAUUUAAUAUUCGUUCACGAAGAUUAGAACCACCACAAUCAGAAUUAUUUGAUGCUGGUUUUCAAUCGGUACGAUAUUUAGAGGAAAAAAAUAAAGUUAUUGUUGGUUGUGAAGAUGGUGUUAUCAAUAUAUUCAAUAAUAGAGAAUGGGGUAAUAUUAGUGAUCGUUAUCCAAUACGACAUAAUAAUGCCGGUACAUCAAGUAUUGAUUGUAUGGAAGUGAUUGAUGAUGAACAAAAUUUUCUUAUAUUCGGUACAUCUGAUGGUUCAAUGGAAAUAAUAAGCCUAUUUCCACAUCAACAUCAUCAAACAUUAAUUGAUAAUCAAUUGCAAGGAAUUGAAUGUAUUGAUGUUAAUCAAAUUACCAAUCGAAUUAUUGGUACAACUGAAAAUCAAAUUUAUUUAUAUCAAUAUGAAUUAAUUAAAUCCGCUGAUAAUGAUAAUGACAAUGAAAAACGUAAAAAGACAACUUAUAUCAAUCAAAAUAAU